UGUGAAUAGAUAACGGUUGCGAGCAUUACUCAACACUGGAUCAUGUCAGCCACGACAUUCAUCUCCUGGCGUGUCAUAUAUCUGGCAGGGUGUGUUCUCCAGGGUGCCGUACUUAUGGAGAACCGGACGAGUAGAGCCUGUUAUGGUCCUGUUGGCCUUCCCUGCACUAAGCACAGCAUCAGAUGCAACCCCAGCCAGAAGAUCGCCAUCGUUGGCGCCUACUUCACCUUCAACAGAGAAUGUGGUGCAGGGAUCGCUGACUGCCAGCAUGUAAACCCUGACAAUGUGACAGUAAGUAGGUGCAGUAACAGCUUCAACAACACCUACCUCAUCUCCCUCUACAACAACUGUUCUACAGAGAACCAAUGUGAGUAUCAGGCUCCCCGGAUGAAUGCAGCCGAUACAUUCUCCAUUGUCAAAUAUCGGUGCAUUGAAGGAGAUUCAAUUACACCCAUCGAUGAAGCUUCACAACGGAAUGCAUCUGAAACCACUAUCAUCUACAAGCAUACAGAUGACAUACCCAGUUCCAAGCAUACUUGUACAAUUCAGUCACAGAUGCCUGUAAAUAUCACCGCUCUUGAUAUACGUCUUGGAGAUGGGAAUGAACCCCAAAACUGUUCCCGUCUGACCAUUACUACGACACCGUAUACCUGCUCAGACGAGAUUUGGCCCUAUAAACAGCUCCAAACAAUUCAAUCACCUGGACAGUCACACAUUACACUUGAAGUUACGGAAGGAUCACGACCAGUUGUCUGGCUUGGAAUCACUUCCACAAGCAACUUCGUUAUCAACUGCGGUACUACAGAUUUGACUCGACGUACUGUGACAGUUCGGAUUGUGACAACUGGUAGUGUGACCGGAGGGAGUAGACGAGAGAGUACACCCACUACAGUUACCGUGACGGCGCCGAUGGGAAGUAGCACGAAGGAGAGUCCAGACACAACAGACUCCAGCCCGAACAGGACUAGCGUUGUUGCAGGUGCUGUUGUUGGAACACUUCUAUUUGUAGCAGUGGUUUUAGUAAUCCUAUGGUGUUGGAGAAACAGGAAAGUUGAUACAAAGCCUAUCCCAAAAAUCCCAAGGAGGACAACUCUGGAUGGGCAAAGAAACUCAGCUGCGAAUAGCCCACAAAAUAUUAGUUAUGACGAAAUCGACGACUUGCGGCAACAUCUUGCGAGUAAUUAUGAUUAUGUAACUUCCAAUCAUGUAACUGAUUCAAGUGCGUGUUUCAUACUCCAAACUAAGGAACAUCCAGUGAUGAGCAAUAAUGGAUCGAAGCCAGGAGAUGAAUACAACCAUUUGGGACAAGGAGUAUCCCCCAUGUCUGGAACAUAUGACACAACAGCGUCAGCAGCUAAAUCGAUGAUGAGCAAUAAUGGAUCCAACCCAGAAGAUGAAUACAACCAUUUGGGACAAGGAGUAUCCCCCCUGUCUGGAACAUAUGACACAACAGCGUCAGCAGCUAAAGCAAUGGAGCAAGCGAGGGACAGCCAAACUGAUGCUUGCUAUGAUCAUCUGAAACAGAAGACAGUCACUGAAAACAUAAACAAUACCUAUGAUAUUACAGAGAAACAUGUGAAUCCUUACCAGUAACAAGAUGGAACAUUCCCUUAGUUAAGCACUGAUGUGCUUUUAGUGACAAUAUUAUCCUUCUCUAGCUUUUGUUGUGACUGAUAUACUGGAUAAAUGAAUGGAGCACGUGGAUUCAAUAAGUUUGUAAUACACAAAACGUUAUCUUUCCUUCGUUUUAACAAUGAUUAUACAUGUACAGGUUCAUUUCAUUUGCCGCCAUGGGGUGGUGGGGUAGCCUAGUGGUUAAAGCGUUCAUUCGUCACGCCGAAGACCCGGGUUCGAAUCCCCACAUGGGUACAUUGUGUGAAGCCCAUUUCUGGUGUCCCCCGCCAUGAUUUUGCUGGAAUAUUGCUAAAAGCGGCGUAAAACCAAACUCACUCACUCACUCACUCAUUUGCCGCCAUAAUACAUAUUGCAGCUUUGACAACAGAUCAUGCUUAUUUUUUCACGUCCGAACGACUUUAAUAAUAUAUCAAUGUAUUCAUCGUAACAAUAAAGAAUGUAUAAAAAAGGAAA